AUGUCUGCUUCUUCUCAGCCGCCGGAGAACCCCAAGUCCGGGUCGAAGUGGGAUCUGAUCAAUCGAGGGUCCAGAACACCUUCACCACUGGGAACGCUGACCUUUGUUGGGCUGCGCCUCCUCGACAUACCCUGGCAAUAUCAUCUUUUGCACAAUGGAGCGGCUGAGCGAGCGAUCAGCGCUCUGCGUUUGCCGUACACGAGCUACGGGCCGCUUGCGACCACUGGCAUCGCGCUGCUGGACCGCAUCGACCUGCCGCUGCCCCGAUUGAUCCUCUUGGCGAUGGCUACUGGCUCGGCUGCUAAGCAGAUCUUCUGGCAGACGUGCCUUAGCUACGAAGAGUUUCCUCCGUCUGCGGCUGUCGCGGUCAGCGCAUACAACACCCUGCACAACUCGCUGAACUCGCUGCUUUUCGUAUGCGCGGCGACCUCCGUCCAAUCCUCGGCUCCGCAGAUCUCCAUGUUCGGCUCCGCGCUCCCCUUACCCCUGCUAGUCGGCACGCUAGCAUAUGCAGCUGGGAUCACCAUCGAAACGCUGUCCGAACUCCAGCGCUUGCAAUUCAAGCAAAACCCCGAGAACACGGGGAAAGUGUGCAAGACCGGUCUCUGGGGUUAUGCAAGGCACAUCAACUACUUUGGAUACGCGCUGUGGCGGGGAGGGUACUGCAUGGCUGCUUCAGGGUGGCUCGCCGGUCUGGCCAUGGGCAUUUUUCUGGGCUGGGACCUGGCCGCCCGGGCGACCACCAUCUUGGAUGAGUAUUGCACGAAAAAAUACGGCCAGCAGUGGGCACAGUUUCAGAAAGACGUGCCUUAUCGCAUCGUACCAGGAAUUUACUGA